CGAUUUCUAUAUUCACACCAUAAAUAAACAAGCCCUUCACCUUUAAUGAAACUAUACCGUCAAUAUUCUAUUCAUUUGAAAAUGUCCUCUAUCCAGGUUUAUUGUUGAAGAAUUCUUUGAAAUGAUUCAGCUGGUCGCAGUUUGUCUGGUGGUGAAUUUCGCCUGUGGUAGCAAUGACGUGGGCUCCAAAAUGGCCGAGGAUUUCGCCGAUAUCGAGACAUCAGGGAUUGAUAAAGAGUUUGGGAGCGCCGGGGAAAAGGAAGUUUCGACAGAAAGCGGUGAAGGGAGCGGCAACGAGGUACAUCAAAGAAGUAGCUCCAUGACCUCCAUGAACCCUCUCAUUCAGGAUUACCGCACUCCCGAUCCUUGUGUCCCAAACCCUUGCCUCAACGAAGGACGCUGUCUGAAGGUCCCGGAUGGAGAAUACGACAUCUAUAGAUGCGAGUGCCCCAAAGGAUAUAACGGAAAAAUAUGUCAAGAUGGCUUACCACCUGCUUCGAAUGAGAAAGUCACGCGACAAGGGGUCUGUGAGCCUAACCCAUGCAAGAAUCAAGGCACCUGUAAAGAGACUGGUGACGAAGAAGAUCCGUAUGAAUGCGACUGCUUGCCUGAAUGGAAAGGGGACAACUGCGAGUAUUACGUAGAUGAUCCCUGCUUUCCGAAUCCAUGUUUGAAUGGUGGAAAAUGCAAGCACGGCACGAUGAAUGAGACAUUCAGGUGUAUUUGUCCAAAAGGAUUUGAGGGUUUGAACUGUGAAAAAUCAAUGACGAAUGGAAAUCCAUGGGCACGAACUUUCCCAAAUGCUAAGAUUGUAAAGCUGGCGAAAAAGUAUCGAGCAAAAACACACUACUAUUACAAAAAUGGCGAGCUGGCAAAGAGGAGCACAGGUUGUGAGUGCCAUAACGGGAAUUGCGGGUGCUGUCUACACAUCCAAUUCCUAAAUAUCGAUGACGACGUCUGUUUGAACUCAACCUUCGACGCCAAUCGAUUGAAACUGAGUUUCAGACUUACUUGGAAAGGACAGCCGAUCUUCAGCAACUCAAAUUCAGUGCACAAUCCGCCACCGAUUUGUUUCCGCCAUCCCCUGAUUCCACUUCUAAGCGUAUGCAUCAAAUUCACCGAUAUCUCCUAUGACAAGAGCAACUUCGGCGGCUGUGUCUCCCUCGUACUGAAGCUGACUCUGGCGCAGAAAGAGUUCAUGCUAGGGUGUUUCUACUCCGCAGAAGGUUUAAAGCCAGUAGCGGGCUACGAUACAGCGAAAGAAGGGAGAAAGAAGAAACGGCCAGGCGCUCACAAAGGACACAACGAUCAUCAGAAGGUCUCUAAGAAAGUUUCUCAUGACAAAAAGGCAAAACAUAAUACGACAAAUAAGAAAAGUAAAGCAGCGGCGAAGAAAAGUGUAAAGCACAAAGGGUAAAACACAACUUAUAAAAGAAGGGAAUCAAAAGUGAUGUAUAUGUUUGAAAAUAGUGUUAAAUAAUAGUUCAUAAAAUAAGAAUAAAAGUAAUCGACUUGUGUCACUUCA